AUGCUGCCCACACCCAAUGGCAGUGGGCCGAGCCCGGAGCUUGAAGGCCAUUGGCCAAAGACCUCGGAGAGGUCCCCAUGUGUGGCUGGUGUCAUCCCUACCAUCUACUACAGCAUCCUGCUGAGCCUGGGGCUGCCUGUCAACGUCCUGACCACAGUGGCCCUGGCCCGCCUGGCCGCCAGGACCCGGAAGCCGGUGUACUACUACCUGCUGGCGCUCACGGCCUCGGACAUCGUCACCCAGGUAGUCAUCGUGUUCGGGGGCUUCCUCCUGCAGGGCGCCGUGCUGGCCCGGGACCUGCCCCGCUCCGUGGCACACACCGUGAACAUCCUGGAGUUUGCUGCCAUCCACGCCUCGGUCUGGAUCGCCGUGCUGCUCACGUUCGACCGGUACAGCGCGCUGUGCCGCCCCCUGCACCACCGGGCGGCCUCCUCCCCGGGCCGGGCCCGCCGGGACAUCUCCAUCGUCCUGGGUGCCGCCCUGCUGACGGGCAUCCCCUUCUACUGGUGGCUGGACGUGUGGAGGGACCCAGGCCCCCCCAGCACGCUGGACGAGGCCCUCAAGUGGGCGCACUGCCUCACCGUCUACUUCAUCCCUGGCGGCAUUUUCCUGGUCACCAACUCCGCCCUCAUCUGCCGGCUGCGGAGGCGGGGCGGGCGUGGGCCGCGGCCCCGGGUGGGCAAGAGCACCGCCAUCCUGCUGGGCCUCACCACCCUCUUCGCCUGCCUCUGGGCGCCCCGCAUCUUCGUCAUGCUCUACCACCUGUACGUCGCCCCGGUGCACCGGGACUGGCGGGUCCACCUGGCCUUGGACGUGGCCAACAUGGUCGCCAUGCUCCACACGGUGGUCAACUUUGGCCUCUACUGCUUUGUCAGCAAGACCUUCCGGGCCACCAUCCGAGAGGUCGUUCACGAUGCCCACCUGCCCUGCAUCCUGGGGCCACAGCCAGAGGGCACGGUGGCGGAGCCCGUGCUGAAGCCUCCGGGACUCCCUGAAGGGGCAGAACUGUAG